AUGGGUAACACAAGUAAGAAGUUGGCAGCGAAAUGCACACUUCUAACGAAAGAUGAACAGAAGUAUCUUGCGGCUACAUUCAGGGCGGCGAGCAAGAACUCGGACAAGAUACGCGAGGAGGACCUCAUCGUGAGUGGCAAAUUAGACGCAGUGUUGCUAGAAAGGUUUUGGGGUCCUCAGAUAGACCCCCGAUUGGCGCAGUACCUCACCAACUUCCUGUUCGGGUACGGACCGAACAAGACGCCAUCUUGCGACUUCAACAGAUUCGCUGAGCUAUACGUAUAUAAUGUUAGGGGUACGUCGGAGGAGCGUAUGAUGGUGGCAUACAACAGUCUUGGUAUGGACUUCAACGAUACUAUUGAGCUGCCUUACCAACUACUUAGAGAGUAUUGCGAAAGCAUAGCCUCAACAUACAUAAAGGUAUUAAAAUCCGCGUCCUCAAGCCGAGCUAAGACGUGGAUCAACAAGGGGUUCCGUGGACGCGCGUCGCACGUCCAGGCGCUGGGGGAGGCCAUCGCGGCUAGCGUCGAGGGGGACGCUGACGUCACGCUCAACGCUUGCACCUCCAACCAGCUUAACAAAUGGCUACAGCUCAACACGUUACUGCGUCAGAUGACGGAGGCGGUGUUCGUGAACCUGUACGGCAUCAAUAAGAAGACUGGCGACGAGAGUCCCGGGCCGGUGGCGAGGGCGGAGCCCUGUCUUAUGCCGUUACCUAUAGGUUUAGACUCGAUGCCGGACUACCCAGCCUUCAUAGACCUGUCGCACAUAGUGUGGCUGAACAGUCACAUCCCGCAAAAACACCAGGACAAGUGGAGGUUCCUGUUCUCCUCACACAUACACGGCGAGUCAUUCUCCACCAUGACCGGCCGUAUCCAAGACCAGGGCGCUUCUCUCCUAAUAAUUGAGGACAACUCAGGCUACAUCUUCGGAGGCUACGCCCCUGCAUCAUGGUCGCUGGGCCCCAACUUCGUGGGCACUGAUGAGUCGUUCCUGUUCACCCUCGCUCCCAAGAUGCGCGUCUACCCAGCCACUACGUACAACAACCACUAUCAGUACAUAAACCAUCAUACUAAGACGCUGCCUAAUGGAUUGUUAAUGGGCGGACAAUUUCACUUUGGUGCUAUCUGGGUGAAUGGCGACCCGUUCGGCGAGGGUUCGUCGGCGGAGUCCUGUAGUACUUACAAGGGGUACAAGCGACUCAGCAAGGAACCUAACUUCCGCAUCAAGAGCCUGGAGGUCUGGGGCGUCGGUGACAAACCUAUGUCUUUGAAGGAAUCUGACGAAAGGGAUCUGAGUGUUCUGGACGUGAAUCCUGAAGCGAAGGCGAUCCUGGACAUGGCAGGCCGCACGAGACACAGCGAGGGGAUCCGUGAGCCGCCGCCAUUAUAA